CGCAACGAGCUCAGCCGCUCAGUCCGCGCUGAUCCUCCACUGAAGACGCACGCCGCGCCGGCUUAUCUCUUCUGCCGCCCGCCAGCAACCUCGUCUUAUCUUCAUGUCUUGUUCUCAGAGGAUGACUUCUCACGCCCCCCGUGUCUCCGCGCUUCUGGCGGUCUGUCUCUGUCUCUUCGUCUGCGUGGACGCGGCUCGACUUCCUCUUCGCACUCCAGUCUAUAUCGAAAACGAGAACUCACUUUCUCCAGUAGCCAAAUAUGGUGCUCCUGCGGUGUAUGAAGUGCGAGACUGGGCGAGGAUCAAGAACAGUGGUCCUCGUAUGAACCGUGUGUCACUCGGGGGUCGUAUAGAGCUGGAGUGUGAGGCCAAUGGCAGUCCACCCCCGAGCGUACAGUGGUUCCACAAUGCUGCUCCUGCAUCUCAGGAGAUGGAUGAGAACAACAGUAUCGGAGGUCUUCGUCUCGGCACUGUGAGAUCUCGGCUGGUGAUAGACUGUGCAACUCCUAGACACCAGGGCACCUAUACCUGUGUCGCCACUGCAGGCACUGAGACCGUUAUAUCUCAACCCUCCCUCGUCAUGGUCCAAGGUAACAACGCAUCAGGCCUGCUGUCUUCCUGCGAUCAGGACAGUGCUUCCCCACCCCGCAUCCUCACCUGGAACCCCAACACCAUGGAGACCAUAGGUAACGACGUGGUGCUGCCCUGCAUCUCCACAGGCAAUCCUCGGCCACGACUCUACUGGAUUGACUCUCAGAACAGUAUCAUUAGCUCACGGAGCGAGGGCCAGAGUAACGACAGAUACAAGAUCCUGGAUUCUGGAGAUCUGCUGAUUUCGACUGUCCGUUGGUCAGACAUGGGACAGUUCACCUGCGUUGUCGAGAGUCCUCUGGGUAGAGACUCUGUCACGACAUUCCUCUAUCCCAUGGCUAAGGAUCGUUAAGAAACAAACCUUGCAUUAUGGUGGAUUCAGCCAGCAUGGAGAUUAAGAAGAAAUUAAGCUAAUUUUGACAUUUUGUCCAUCUAGUCACAUUAUGAUUGUAUGAGUUUUAGUAUUUAUAUAAACCAUUAGGUACUUAUAACAUGAGUUCCCAUUUUUAAGUCUGCUAAGUCUUAAUGUUACUUAAUAAUUUCAACUACGAAUUAAUUCCUACAUUGAAAUUUUCCUAGUAUUAGAUUUUUUACGUAAUUUUUUAUUUCAUAGUAGUAGAUACUGCAGUUUUGUAUUCAUUAUUUAUUAAUUUAUUUUAAGGUCUAGUGGUGCAAACUGAACUCGCUAGGGCAGGUGCGGAUGUUGUUGUGUGCAUGUAUCAACUUGUCAAUUGAUGUCAAUUUUGUAAGUUUAUUUUGUGUACCGUCUAUUUUUAUAUGUAAGGCACAGAUUAUAAAGCAGUAUUUUAAAUUAAAUAAGGAGAGUUGUUGUGAUGAGUGUUAUUUUUGUUGAAGAAGCAUUUAUUUUGGA